AUGUUCCCUAAAAAGUUCUGUGUUAAAGUAGAUAAACUUAUCAGCAAUGAGAAAAAAUGGGGGUAUCGGUUUAAGUUCAAUAACAAAUACACGGAAUCCAUUUUAGCCUUCGCUGACGAUCUCGCAAUACUGACACGUCACCCCAAACACUGUCAAGUACUAUUGGAUGAAGUGGAUAAAUUCUGUGAGUGGACGGAUGGAUUGAGGACAAAACCAAGUAAAUGUCACUGUCUGUGUCUUGGUAGGCGGAAUACAAGAUACACCUCAUACGAUCCGGGACUAUCGAUAGGCGGUCAAUGCGUUUCUACGGUUACGGAAAAUGCACCAUUCAAGUUUCUCGGUCGUAAGAUUGAUAAUAUAGGUCGUACUCCAUCUUUAGAAGGAAUAGUAGAUAGCUUUUUAAAUGAUCUCAACAAGGUAGAUAGCCAGCAGAUCAGUAACGUAAAAAAAGCAUGGAUCUACGAUAAUUACUUAACUUCACGUUUGAAUUGGCCUUUCCUCGUCUAUGAUUUUAGUAAAACCCUUUUAUCUAAAUUAGAUGCAGGCGUCAUAAAGAUGUUGAAGUUGUGGCUCGGGCUCGCGCUAACGGCUGACUCAUCGGCUUUAUUCAGGGAUCGUAAUAGUUUUGGAAUGAAUCUAAAAAGACCAUCGGAGCUCUACAAACACCUAAGAGUUUCCAAGAGACAUAUCCUGGGAAAAUCCCAUGAUGACGUCGUUACAUCACUCCCAAAAGACAAUGAUGCCCCAGAGCUAGAGUCACGACUUCAAUUCCAUAAACAAUUUAUGAUCGGAGCGCAAAAUAACAGAGUAGGGUUAGGAUCAAGUAGGAAAGUCCAAGAUACGGAUAUAUUGAAGUCUUUUAUUCGGCAAGACGAGAACGAUAAAUACAAGAUCCAUGCAAUGAGUUUAGAAAUGCAGAACGAUUGGUUAGACAUAGGAGAUUUUUGCAUUCCACUAGCACUAAAAUGGCGCACCCUAAUUCAUGACUGGUCGCCAGCCUUGCUAAAAUUUUAUCUCAAUGCGUUCCAGAUGACUCUCCCAGAUCAGAGUAAUUUAGUAAGAUGGGGUAAAGGUACCGAAAAAACUUGCUAUAUCUGCGGAAAGGCAGUUGGAACUGCCAAGCAUUUGCUGGUGGGAUGUAAGGUUCUCCUGGACAGCGGUCAAUACUCGCGUCGUCACGAUAGGGUUUUAGAGAUCAUACGUUUUGUGAGAGAGGGCACCAGGGCUAUAAAAUCAAACGUCAAGCCUUACUCUAUCCUUAAAGCGGCUUCGGAUUGGACUAUCAUGAUGGAUACGUAUGAGAAACAAUACAAAAUCCCCGAGGAUAUUUGUGCGUCGGCCUCCAGACCAGACAUAUUUCUAUAUUCGCGUAUUUUAAAGCGCGUUGUGAUGAUAGAGCUUACGGUGCCUUGGGAAACCAACAUCCCCAAAGACCAUGCCAUCAAGGUCAAUAAGUAUUACGAGCUCACUAACGAACUAACUCGAAAUAGGUUCGUCGUUGAUUUGUACGCGGUAGAGGUGGGAGCGAGAGGUAUAACAGCUAAAUCUCUCUAUAACCUACUAAAAGACUUGGGCCUGUCCAGAACUAACAUUAAUUCAUUCUUAGAACGUACGUCGAAGGCAGCCCUAGUAGGUUCUUUUCAAAUUUGGUUAGGUAGGGAGAGGAACUUGGACAGUGGAGGUGAGCGUAUAACGCGCGUUAGUUAA